AUGGGUCACCAUCAUCAUCACGACUAUCACCACCACCAUCAUCACCAUCCAAAGUCUACUGGUGUAGCUUACCUUUUAUGGUUCUUCUUGGGUGUAUUUGGUGCUCAUAGAUUCUAUUUACAACGUUACACAUCAGGUUUCAUUUGGUUAUUCACUUGUGGUGUCUUUGGUAUCGGAUGGUUAGUUGAUUUAUUCAUUUUGGCCGGUAUGGUUCGUCACUUUAACAACCACUAUUUCUCUGAUCCAACAGUUAUUGUUGCACCAGCCCCCAUUGUAUACCAAAACCAACCAUAUCAACCACAAGCCUACGGAGCUUACCAACCACAACCAUACUAUGCUGCCCCACCCUCUGUUCAACCAUACCAACCACAACCAUACAAUGCCACUGGCGGCUCAAAUCCACCACCAGCUUACAAUUAA